AUGAACAACCGUCGCGGCAAAAAUCGAAAAAAUGCCAAUGCUACCCAGGCUGACGCCCCAGCUGUUACUCCCAAUCCCACCACUACUGCUGUUGCUGCAGCAACCAUCAAUACUACUGCAGCAACUUCCACUGCCCUCCGACGCCCUCAACGAGAGCGUCAGCGUCCUCGAAGAUAUCAAGACGGUGAUACUGAAUUCUUCAACAUCAAUGAAAUCAGCGCCGAUGAUGAGGAGGAUGGUGCUCCCAUAAUAGUUGCACCUAAUCCAGCCUCUAGCCCACUUCAGACAGGCGACGGUGCCCUCAAUUCUACUUCAAUCAAUCCCUUGGCCACCGCCCCAACUAAUUUCUUGGCCACCGCCCCAACCAAUCCCUUGGCCACAACCUUAGUCAAUCCCUUCGCUACGACUCCAUCGAAUCCUUUGGCCACCCAUGACGGGAAAAGAAAAUGA